AUGGCGUUUAAGCCAUUAAACAAACUGUUUCGACCCUGGUUGUCCACUUGCGAUCAGUCGACUGUUAACUAUUCCGUCAACUCUUUCUACAAAUGUCUGGAUGUGUCCGCAAAUGACUACUUUUACAAUACACAGCAUUAUAUGAAUUACUACGAGUCAACAGAAGACAUCUCGUGUUAUGUCUCCACUGAAUCAGACAAUCACUUCUCAGUGCUCGUCAGUGACAACCAGUGCCUCAAAUGGUGCGACAGACAGAAGCUUCGCGAAGGUGACAGGCGUGACAGUGUAUCGGAAGUCAUUAUUACCAGUCGAGUUCCCUGUGUAGGCGUGGGUGUGGCCAUACAGAAAGUGGUCUUUACUUCUCGAGUGAGCUGUGGCUGCAUAAGUGUGGCCUUAGGCAGGGAUAAGAACGUUACAUUGCACAAAACGCUUCGGCCACCGUCGGCGGCGCCCCGCGUGAGACGAGUGCCGGUGACCGGCCAUCGGAUUCCUGAGGGUACUGUCAAACUGGUGGGCGGACAGACCGGUUGGGAGGGCAAUGUCGAGAUCUACCACAUGGGCCGCUGGGGCUCCGUAUGCGACGAUGAAUGGGAUUUAGUGGACGCACAUGUAGUCUGCCGGUCGUUGGGCUAUACCAACGGCGCUCUUAUGGCCACAAACAACGCUCAGUUUGGCCGCACAAGGAAGCUGAUUUGGAUGGAUAACGUGUACUGCAAUGGAGGUGAGCAGGCAUUGGCCGACUGCCAGUUCGAUGGCUGGAAGCAACACGACUGCACUACUAAUGAGGCGGCGGGAGUCAUAUGUAAGACCCGAUCCAACGAUACCACCGGCGCUGCCAACGCUCGCACCACUGGCGCUGUUGCGCUCACCACUGGCAGCAACAGAUCCACCAUAAACAGCACCGGUAGUGGUGGUGCUGCUGGUGGUAGUGCUCAGCAUCUUAUAAGCAACGACGAGCCUCACCUCACCACCACUUCCACCACUAAAAUACGAAAGCGCUGGAAGGAAGGCAUAAAUAUCCGUCUGAGCGGUGGUCGCGAUAAACUGGAGGGCAGAGUGGAGGUGAGAGUGAGGGGCGAUGGCGAGUGGCAUCAGGUGUGCGGUGAUGGAUGGAGUCUCUUGGAGGCGAUGGUUGUCUGCAGGCAAUUAGGUCUGGGAUACGCCGCUCACGCCGUCCAGACAACUGUAUUUGGCGGCCGAUCGCCACAUAAUUUAUCGCUCGUAUUGAGUGGUGUGCGCUGUAAGGGCUACGAACAGAGUCUGUCCGAUUGCGAUAUGAACGCCCUGGGCGAUGGCCACCACCACUGCCCCACCAGUCAAGACAUUGCCGGUGUUAUCUGUACGUCUGGUAAGGUUUCUAUGUCUAUUGGUAUUACAGGAGAUGUU